CGUCGGCAGGCAGCAGGGCCAGGUGCCUCUAAAGAACGGGCAGAUGCAGGGGCACAGCCGGGCCGGGGGUGGCACCACUGCCCGGCUGAGGCACGGGGAUGGGCACGGGGGAUGGCACUGCCGCCGCGUGUCAAGCGUGCAAUCAAAGCCCUUCCCGGCAGGACACCUGCGGGUCCCUGCCGCGAGAAACCCGGGGCUGUCGCUGCUGGGAACCGCGGGACCGGGGGGCACUGCCCGUCCCGCCCGCGGCUCUCCUCACCCAGCCCCGGUGCCGCGCCCGGCUCCUGCCGAGAGCUCCCCCGCGGCCCGGGGCACAGCCCGGGGCACAGCCCGGCCCCGCCGCGGCCCCGCUACCUGCGCGGGGCAGGGGAGGAGCGGGGCCGGCCCGGCCCAAGCGGGGCAGGGGCUGCGCCGGCGGCGGAAGCGCCGCUCCGCCCGCCCCCGGCCGAGCCGCAGGUGGGGCGGGAGCGGCACCGGGAGCGGGCGGGGCGGCUGUGCCCGGCCCUCCCCCGCCCGCCCGGCCCGGCCCGGCCCGGCCCGCGCUGGCCCCGCGCCCGGCGGGGCUGUGGCGGCGGCCGAGCCGCGCUCCGCGCCCGCCUCCCUGGGCAGCGGCGCCGGGCGGGCGGCGAUGGACGGGCAGCCCCCGGCGGGCCCCGCCGCGCCGCGCUGGAGGCGGCGAGCGACCCCGCACCCGCAGCCCCUCGCCUGGAGCAAGCCGCGGCCGCAGUCGUACCAGAGCCCCAGCGGAGUGCUCGUCACCGACUUCCCCGUGGAGGACAGGUGCGCCUUCUCCGUGCCUCAGCCCGCCGGCACCGGCAGCCCCUCGCCCGGCAGCCCCGCCAUGGGAUCGGUGUCCAACGGCGCCGUGCGGCCGCCGGGCUCCGCCGCGCUGUCCCCGGAGCGGCGCUCCCGGCUGUUCGCCCUGGCUCCGGACGGCCCCGUCGGUUCGACCGCCAACGGCACCGUCUCCUCGCCGGGCAGCGGGCAGGGCCGCCGGCCGCGGCCGCCCGGGACCGCGGGGCUGCCCGUGCUGGCCCCGCAGCAGGAGCGGAUCGUGUUCGGAGCCAGCGCUCAGCCCGCACCGUGUCCCCGCGCUGCCGAGCCCCCGGAGGUGCCGGGGGGCUCUCCCGGGAGCGGCGGGUCCCCGGAGGUGCCGGGGGGCUCUCCCGGGGCCGGCGGACCCCCGGAGGCGACGGGGCGGUGCGCGGAGCCCCCCGCGCUGCUGAGCACGCAGAGCCCCGCGGCGCGCAGGGUGGGCUCGCAGCAGCUGAUCCCCCGCAGCCUGGCCGAGAGCCGGCCCGCGGGCCGCGCCCAGGGCCACGAGCGGGGCCUCAAGGCGCGCAGCCUGGUGGAGACCCCCCGGCUGCCCCUGGGCAGCGACCCCGAGGACGAGCCCGAGGGCGGCCCGGGCGCGCUGCGGCGCGGGCUGCGCUCCACGUCCUACCGCCGCGCCGUGGUGAGCGGCGUGGACCUGGACGGCUCCGCCAACUGCAACAAGAAAAACAGAAUGUCCCAGCCCAUCCUGAAAGCGGUGGUGGAAGAUAAAGAGAAGUUCUCGAGCCUGGGGAGGAUAAAGAAGAUGCUGAAAGGACAAGGGACCUUCGAUGGGGAAGAAAAUGCUGUACUGUAUCAGAACUAUAAGGAAAAAGCUCUGGACAUAGAUUCUGAUGAAGAGUCUGAGCCCCAAGAGCAGAAGUUGGAUGACAAGGUUGUUUUCCAUUAUAAGCCCCUGAGGUCGACGUGGAGCCAGCUUUCUGUGGUGAAGAAGAAUGGACUGUCAGAAGCAAUCAGCCAGGAGGAAAGGAAAAGACAGGAGGCAAUAUUUGAGGUGAUAUCUUCUGAGCACUCCUAUUUGCUGAGCCUGGAGAUUCUGAUCCGGAUGUUUAAAAAUUCCAGGGAACUGAGCCUCACAAUGACCAAAACAGAGAGCCACCACCUCUUCUCCAACAUCACGGAUGUUUAUGAAGCAAGCAAAAAGUUCUUUGAAGAGCUCGAGGCAAGGCACCAGAAUAACAUUUUCAUCGAUGACAUCAGCGACAUCGUGGCGAGGCACGCGGGCUCCACCUUUGACCCCUACGUGAAGUACUGCACCAACGAGGUGUACCAGCAGCGCACCCUGCAGAGACUGCUAGCCACCAAUCCAGCGUUCAAGGAGGUGUUGUCCCGGAUCGAGGCCCACGAGGAUUGCCGGAGUUUGCCCAUGAUCUCCUUCCUCAUCCUCCCCAUGCAGAGAGUCACUCGUCUCCCCUUGCUAAUGGAUACUAUUUGCCAGAAAACCCCCAAGGAUUCAGCAAAAUACGAGAACUGCACGCAGGCUCUGAAAGAAGUCAGCAAGCUCGUGCGUUUGUGCAACGAGGGCGCCCGCAAGAUGGAGAGGACGGAGAUGAUGUACACCAUCAACUCCCAGCUGGAGUUCAAAAUCAAGCCAUUUCCAUUGGUUUCCUCUUCACGGUGGUUGGUGAAAAGGGGUGAAUUAACAGCAUUUGUAGAAGACACUGGGCUUUUUUCCAAAAGAACCUCUAAGCAGCAGGUAUACUUCUUCCUCUUCAACGAUGUCCUCAUCAUCACCAAGAAGAAGAGCGAGGAGAGUUACACCGUGACGGAGUACGCGCUGCGGGAGCAGCUGCUGGUGCUGCCUGACGGGGACGAGCCGUGCUCCUCUCCCGGGAGGAGCACGGCCGGGAUGCUCCACGCGGGACGGAGCUCUGCAUCCCACCUCUUCCGCCUCGUGCUGCUCAGCAACCACGCCGGGGACCGCGGGGAGAUGCUCCUGGGAGCAGACACUCAGAGCGACAGAGCGCGCUGGAUCGCGGCGCUGCGCCGGGACAGCGACGGGCACCACACGGACAGGACCACACUGGCCCAGGUGGAGAUCGUCAGGACGUACACAGCCAAGCAGGCCGAUGAGCUCUCUCUCCAAGUCGCCGAUGUCGUUUUGGUUUAUCAAAAAGUGAACGAUGGCUGGUACGAGGGGGAGCGGCUGCGGGACGGCCAGCGGGGCUGGUUCCCGUCGGAGUGUGCCAGGGAAAUCACCUGCAGGGCCACCCUGGACAAGAACAUGGAGCGCAUGGGGCGCCUGCUGGGGCUGGAGACCAACGUGUAGCCCUGUCCCACCCGCCCCGGGGCUGGGGACAGGGGACAGCAGAGCCACAACCCAGCAGCAGCACACUGGAGCCUGGCCAGCCCUUCCCCGCUGCUCUGAGCUGAGCCCUGGCCCCAGCAGCAGCAUCUUGGGCACUCCUUUGCAGCUCCUCCCUCCUCAUGCUCCUGCUCCAUCUGGUUUUGGGCAUCUGAACUCACUUUCAGCAGUAGAACUCUGUGGAGCUCUGGGCCCCCGGCCCCAGCCCCAGAGCUGCUGUGAACAGGGUGUCCUGCUGCCGAGGGGCUGCAGCCCCAGUUUGGGACACCUCCCCUGGCGUCAGCACCUGAACUCGAGUGAGCAGCUCUGCACCCUGUGAAGGCUCACCUACCUCUCCAGUGCCAACCCCGGCUGUCCCUGGCCUGCCACAGGACCCUCGGCCAGGAAUCUGCAGCUCUGCCUCUGUGAGGCUGCUCAGUCCUGCUGUGGGAAAGGAUUUCUGAGCCAGGAGCAGGCACCCCUGCAGGGCAGGUGCUGCUGCCCCCUCCCAUCCAGAGGAACUGCCGUGAGGGGGGCAGGGGUCUCUGCUUUCCCCAGGGCUCUGAUGGGCUCUUGCACUGCACUCGGUGCUUCGGAGCAGUGCUGAGAACACCGAACGCCCUCCGGGGUGAGCAGAGCUCAGGGCAGUGUCUGGAGAGGGGAGGCUGUGGGAUGGAUGAACCCCUCCCUUGCACGGACCAGCUGCUGCCUCAGCAGUGCAGGAAUUGUCUCUCGUCCUUCCCCAGCCUCUGCAGAGGGGACGAAUGCUGGUUUUUAUCCUGCACGAUGCUGACUGGAGUGGUGAGUGAAUUAGGUGUUUGUAAAGAUGUGUCGCUCUAAUAAUUUAAACUACAUUAGGGAGGCAGUGAUUUUUGUACAAAAAUACUUACCUGGACAGUGGGACAGGGGUUAUACAGCCUUGCAAAUUAAUUUAUAAGUGGACUGAUAAAAUAGUAAUGAGAGAAACUGUAAAUUCAACAAAGACUUAUUUAACAUAGCAAAAAUAGUGCUACUGUUUUAACAAAUUUUAUUGUAUACAUGCGGAUGUUUAACACAUAACUGAAUGUAUAAAUUCAGGCAUUAAUUUUAUUCAGAUUUUUUUAAUACACUGUAUAUAUUUUUCAUACCUAGUUUUUCAAAAAAUGCUGUAAUGUUUUGUAAAGAUAUUUUUCAUUUUUCUUAUUGGUGGACACAGUUCUUCAGGAAUUAAAAGACUUCUAUGACUUUAUAGGACAACAAUCAAUAAAAUGCUUUUAAAUCUUUACUAAAAAAA